AAAAGCGCUGCCCCACCCUGUCCAUGCCGACCAACGGGGGCUUCAAGUGUUUAGAUGGUGCCUACUUUGGCUCGAGGUGUGAGUACUACUGUUCACCGGGAUACCAGCUGAAAGGCGACCGCAUAGUAACGUGCAUGGACAACAAAGUCUGGAGCGGACGGCCAGCAUCCUGUGUGGAUACUGAACCGCCGAGAAUCCAGUGCCCGAGCGUGAAGGAGAAAACCGCGGAGCCCAACAAGUUGACGGCCAGAGUGUUCUGGGACACCCCGGAGGGGCGGGACACUGCUGAUGGGAUUCUGACAGAUGUUAUUUUGAAAGGCCUGCCACCAGGGUCACAUUUUCCAGAAGGUGACCACAAAAUCCAAUACACUGUGUAUGACAGAGCUGAAAACAAAGGCACUUGCAAAUUUCUUGUUAAAGUCAGAGUCAGGCGCUGUGUGAAGUUAAAUGCCCCAGAUAACGGCUACAUCAAGUGUUCAGGUGAUGGAAAUAACUACGGCGCUACAUGCGAGUUCUCCUGCAUUGGUGGCUACGAGCUGUCAGGAAGCCCAGCUAGAGUGUGCCAGUACAAUUCGGGGUGGUCAGGAGUGGAGCCAACCUGUGCACCCAUGAAUAUUAAUGUGAAUGUGAGGACUGCAGCUGCACUUCUGGAUCAAUUUUAUGAGAAGCGGAGACUGCUAAUUAUUUCAACUCCCACUGCAGCCAACUUCUUCUACAGGAUGCAGUUGGGAAUGCUGCAGCCAGCACAGUGUGGUUUAGACCUCCGACACGUUACUGUAGUUGAAUUGGUUGGUGUCUUCCCAGCACAGAUAGGAAGAAUAGGUGUGAAGCUGCUGCCCCCGUCACUUGCCCUGCAGCUCAGGCUGCUGCUGAGGAUCCCCCAUUACAAUUUCAACAUCGUGGUGAUGGACAAGCAUGGAAUGGACAAGGAACGCUAUCCCUUCCCAGCGACGCCAGCUGAGCUCUUUGCACUUAUUGACAAUUUUCCCUUGAGAAAAGAAGAGAUGAAACUGCAAGCAGAAAUUGGUCAGUCGUGUCCCUAAUUCAGAAUUGCAGGGCUUGCAGUUAUCACUGAAUUUUUUUUAAUCCACGUCAUUCUCCCCUGGGUGCUACACGAAGCAUGGCUUUUUUAAUCACUGAUGUACAGAUUUUUUGUGUGUACUGUUAAGUCUGUCCAGCUGUGUAGCUGUUCUGCAUAGAAGUAUGCAUGAUGCUUUUUUUUGUACUUUUCAGCCAUCUUUAGGUAAUGGUGUACGUAGGAUUACAGCCCA